UUUGCCCGGGGGGGACAUAGGCACCGGGGGUUGACAUACAUGACAUACAUAGGGUUUCCAGCAUGGCCAGCUCACACCUCCCACCUCUGCACGCCCGCAGGUGACAGCAGGGGAGGUGAUGCCCCCACCUUCGAGAGCCGAGCUCCGGACGGUGGGAGCGGAGAAGGAACGCAGAGAGGCACCCCCGGCCGCUCGGCUGCCCCCAUUUCUCCGCCCAAAGCUCCCAAAUUCGGAGGCAGCCGCUCUGCCGGAGGAAAAGAACGGGCGCCGCUCGUGGGCGUUGGGGAAAGUUGCGCUCCGGGGAAGCGGCGGUGCAAGGUCAGGGCGGGCGGUGCAGCCCCACCGGUCCCCGAAAGCGGGGAGUGAAGAGGUCGCUUCUCACAGCCGGCUCAGAAGGACCAAACCGCUGCGAUUUGCCCUUUUUCCCCGCCCCGUUCCCCCCUCUUUUUCUUUCUUUCUUUUUUUUUUUCAAAGGGGAGCCAGGUGCACGCUGCCUGCCGAUACCCCACGUCGCUCCCUCUUCACCCAAACGAAUGAUGCAGCACUUUAAUUAGGAGGGAGCGCCGCGUCCAUAUUGCACCGGCGAAAGAGAGCGGCGGAGCCUGGCAAACAUGGUGCCCGGCCGCGGGCGCGGAAGCUGCGCCCCUGUCCGCGGAGAGCGCGGCGGAGCGGCGGGAGGACCCCCGGGCUUUCCCCGCAGCCUCUGCAGCUCCGCCCGACAACUUCGCGAUGCCGAACCGAGGGUGCACUUUCUAACCGGGUCUCCUGCUUGGUGCUGGGGCACAGAACAGCCUACCCCGAGGCAGGCUGAGCGCUCCAUCCUGGCUGCCUCCGAGCUGUCACUUCCCCUUAGAUCUGCUGAUCGCAUGGGCAUGUGCUUUAGCAAGAUUAAUCAUCUCUAAACGCUUUAAUCAGCUAAAAUGACUAAUAUGUGUUUUGUAAACGUCAACAAAUGAUGAAACCUUCCUCGGCAGAGACGCUUCACAAAGGAAGGAUGUGGUGGAUAAUUCUUCUAAGCACAAUUGCUCUAGCAUGGACUACACCCAUCCCCUUAAUAGAGGACUCGGAGGAACUGGAUGAGCCUUGCUUCGAUCCAUGCUACUGUGAAGUGAAGGAGAGCCUUUUCCAUAUACAUUGUGACAACAAGGGAUUUAUAAAUAUUAGUCAGAUAACAGAGUCGUGGUCGAGACCUUUCAAACUUUAUCUGCAGAGGAAUUCCAUGAGGAAAUUGUACACCAACAGUUUUCUUCACUUAAACAACGCUGUGUCCAUUAACCUCGGGAACAAUGCACUGCAGGACAUUCAGACGGGGGCUUUUAAUGGGCUCCGGGUCCUGAAGAGGUUGUAUUUGCACGAGAACAAAUUGGACAUUUUCAGAAACGACACUUUCCUGGGUUUGGAAAGUCUGGAAUAUCUGCAGGCAGAUUACAAUGUCAUUAAGCGGAUUGAAAGCGGGGCGUUUCGAAACCUGAGUAAAUUGAGGGUCCUUAUCCUAAAUGACAAUCUCAUCCCCAUGCUUCCCACCAACCUAUUUAAGUCCGUGUCCUUAACCCACUUGGACUUGCGUGGGAACAGGUUGAAAGUGCUCUCGUACCGCGGGAUGUUGGACCACAUUGGCAGGAGCCUGAUGGAGAUUCAGCUGGAGGAGAACCCGUGGAACUGCACGUGUGAGAUCGUGCAGCUGAAGAGCUGGCUGGAGCGCAUCCCCUACACCGCCUUGGUAGGGGACAUCACCUGCGAGACCCCCUUCCACUUCCACGGCAAGGACCUGCGGGAAAUCAAGCGGAGCAAGCUGUGCCCCAUGCUGUCCGACUCCGAGGUGGAAGCCAGCCUGGGCAUCCCCCAGCUGUCCUCCAGCAAGGAGAACGCAUGGCCUACCAAGCCCUCCUCCAUGCUGUCCUCCUUCCAUUUCACCGCUUCCUCGGUUGAGUACAAAACCUCCAACAAGCAGCCCAAGCCCACCAAGCAGCCCCGGGUGCCCCGGCCUCCUCCGACGCCCCGUGGGCUGUACCCUGGGCCCAACCAGCCACCUGUGGCCGCCUACCAGACCCGUCCCCCCAUCCCCAUCAUCUGCCCCACAGGCUGCUCCUGCAGCUUGCACAUCAACGACCUGGGCCUGACGGUCAACUGCAAAGAGAGAGGCUUCCACAACAUCUCUGAGCUCCUGCCCAGGCCCCUGAACGCCAAGAAGCUGUACCUGAGCGGGAAUUUGAUACAGAAAAUCUACCGCUCCGAUUUCUGGAAUUUUUCCUCUUUGGAUCUCUUACACCUGGGGAACAACCGCAUUUCCUAUGUGCAGGACGGGGCUUUUAUCAACCUGCCCAAUCUCAAGAGCCUCUACCUGAACGGCAACGACAUCGAGCGGCUCACCCCGGGCAUGUUCCGGGGCCUGCAGAGCUUGCAUUACCUGUACUUCGAGUACAACCUGAUCAGGGAAAUCCAGCCGGCGGCCUUCAGCCUCAUGCCCAACCUGAAGCUGCUCUUCCUCAACGACAACCUGCUGCGCACUCUGCCCACCGACGCCUUUGCCGGCACCUCGCUGGCCCGGCUCAACCUCCGCAACAACCACUUCUUGGCGCUGCCGGUGGCCGGGGUGCUGGAGCACCUGCACGCCAUCGUGCAGAUCGACCUGAAGCUCAACCCCUGGGACUGCACCUGCGAGCUGGUGCCUCUCAAGCAGUGGCUGGAGGCCCUCAGCUCAGUCAGCGUGGUGGGCGAGGUGCUGUGCGCCAGCCCCGAGCGCUUGGCCCGACGCGACCUCCGCGCCCUGGAGCUGGCCGCGCUCUGCCCCGCCGCCCUCCGCCCCGCCGCCGCCGCCGCCGCUUCGCCCCCCGCCGCCGCCGCCCCUCCGCCGCCCGCCGCCACCGGCGCCGCCGCCUACGAGCUGCCCCCGCCCGGCGCCGCCGUGCCGCUCUCCGUCCUCAUCCUCAGCCUCCUCGUCCUCUUUUUCUCCGCCGUGCUGGUGGCCGCCGGGCUCUUCGCUUUCGUGCUCCGCCGCCGCCGGCGGAAGCUGCCGUUCCGCGGCCCGCGGGCGGAGGCGGCCGACCUGGGCGGAGUGCCGCUGCGCUGCCCGCGGCUCUGCGAGGAGGGCGGCGGCGGCGGCGGCGGCGGCGGGGGCGGCGGAGGGGAGCGCUCCCCGGAGAAGGCGCCCCCGGCGGGCCACGUCUACGACUACAUCCCGCACCCGGUGACCCAGAUGUGCAACAACCCCAUCUACAAGCCGCGGGAGGAGGAGGAGGAGGCGGCGGGGGGAGGCGGCGGCGGCGGGGAGGCGGCCGAGCUGCUGCGGGGCGGCGGCGAGCGCUUCUCCCACGCUGCCGCCGCCGGAGCCGCGCAGGAACCGGGCACCAACUACCGCACUUUGCUGGAGAAGGAGCAGGAGUGGAGCCUGGCCGUGUCCAGCUCGCAGCUCAACACCAUUGUCGCCGUCCAUCCCCAGCACCCCGCGGGCGGAGGGCUGGCGGCGGUCCCCGGAGCUCCCGGGGGAGCGGCGGCGGGGGGAUGCGGCGGCGGCGGCGGCGGCGGCGGCGGCGGGGGGGCCCCGCGGGACCGCGAGCGGCCGCCCUGCGCCGUGGGCUUCGUGGACUGCCUGUACGGCACCGUGCCCAAGCUGAAGGAACUGCACGUGCACCCCCCUGGCAUGCAAUACCCGGACCUGCAGCAAGACGCCAGGCUCAAAGAAACCCUUCUCUUCGCGGCCGGAAAGGGCUUCUCAGACCACCAAACCCCCACAAGCGAAUACCUCGAGUUAAGGGCCAAACUCCAAACCAAGCCGGAUUACCUCGAAGUCCUGGAGAAGACCACGUACCGGUUCUGAGCCGCCCCGCCGCCCGCCCGGCCCCGCCGCAUGCGAUCGAGGAUCCAGCUGUGCUCCCCCCGCCAGAUGUGCAGCGGGGGGGGGCCGUUCUCAGAUCAUUAAUCGACAAAGUGCCUUCGCAGACUUUUGCCAGCAGAUGUUAAUCAAUCAUUAUUUUUUUAUACUGAAACUGAGACUUUGACUGUGCCAUGUCUAAGGUAUAUUAUUAUUAUUAUUAUUAUUAUCGGGGAUCUUUGUACUGAUCCUGAUUAAGUAAAUGCCAUGUGUGUCUCUUUUUUUUUUUUUCUUUUUUUUUUCCCCCUUUUAUUUUUGUUUUGCAGUGAACUCCCUCUAUAUUUUCCCUCGGAGGGGAGGGGGGGGGGGGGGAGGAGGGAUGGAAGAUGGCAUUUCGUGGCUCGCUUCCUUCUUGCCCAUCAUGGCACAGAUUCUGUACAUUUAUUUAAGCAAGCAAGCAAACAAACAAACAAAAAGUGCAAAGAAGCAAACGAGCGCAGUUUGCUGCAUGCCUGGAAACUGCAAGAGGGAAGGGAGGGGAGGGUCUUGCUCGAAUGUCUCACUCGUGUCUCUCUCCCUCCCUCGCACACACGCACACACACACCCGCACCACCACCCCGCUGCCCCCUACGG